AAACCUGUAAACUACUAUGGUUGGUGACAUCAUCAUUAAUUGGUCAUUAUCCGAAUACUGUUUUCAUCCUCCAACACUCCAGUUCCCCAACCAGUUUUCCAGAUAAGAUUAUCUCUCUCACUUCAAUGAGCGCCCUGACACACGGCACAAAUCUCAUGUACGAGAAUCCGUACACAUGCAGAAAAAGCAGCAUACAAGUAUGAGCAACUUUAGCUACCGAAAAGAUGAAGACAUCGAUGAAGAUGAACUUCUUGCUUCUUUAACCGGUGAGGAACUCCAAGAGCUGGAGAAGAUAAUGGCUAUAGAACCAGAUGAGAUUCCUGCUGGACUCAGGCAGGACAACCAGACAUCCAGGCGAGCGACGGGAACGUUUAGUCGAGAUGCUCUUCUAAAGUAUUGGGAGAAUGAAACUAACAGAUCGAUAGAGGACAGCAUGGAUGAAGGCCAGACAGAUAAGGAUGAAGCAUGUGGUACUGAAGAGCCUGUUGAUAAUGAAGACAAGAGACAACAACACGAUAGAGGCCACAAACAGAGAGGUGAAGCCAAGUCAAGCAACCAAAAUACCACAGACUUAUCUGAUCACAAUAGCAAUGUUGACAAGGGUGGAUGGAAACCCAAUGGCACUGGUAAACGAGUCCUUCAUCAUACCGACUCAAACCUCACCGUUUCACCAGAGAGGCAAAGUGAUAUUGACAAGAUCUUGCAGAAGAUCUUAAGCAAUGAUGCCUCUGUGAUUUCAGUCAACCUAAACAACAUCGAGAACAUCUCCCAAGCGGUUUUGGUGAGCUUUGCAAACGCCUUGAUCUCCAAUACUCAAGUCGAGGUCUUCAGCCUUGCCAACACCCAUGCAGAUGACCAAGUAGCUAUUGCGUUGGCUAAAAUGCUGGAGAGAAACCGUAGGAUCACCAAUCUUAACGUCGAAUCCAAUUUCAUUUCAGGCAAAGGUAUAUUGGCUUUAAUCGGCUCACUUCAACAUAACACAACACUGCUGGAGCUCAGAUUUCACAACCAGCGGCACAUCUGUGGAGGUCAGGUGGAAAUGGAGAUGGUCAAGCUGUUGGGGGAAAACACAACUUUGCUAAAACUAGGAUAUCAGUUUGAUUUACCCGGCCCGAGGAUGAGCGCAACAGGCAUAUUAACCCGCAACCAGGACCGUCAGAGGCAAAGACGUCUGGAGCAAAGGAGACAGCGAGACAACUUGGAAAACACUUCUUCUUAGAUGAUCAAAAACUAAGCCACUGAUGUUAGUGUUACUGUAUAGCUUUUAAAACUAACUAUAAAAUAAUAUUAUAUUUCAAUAAGCUCUUAUGGCUCUAAAAAAACUUUAUUUCUUCUUCUAAGAAUAUUCAUACUAGGGAUUUUGCCAACACCAAUUCUGUCGAAGCAGAUCUCACGACUUUUAUCAAUAAUUCACCAUCUAUACCAAGAACUGAAUUGUUCAUUCAGUGUCAAUUCUGUUCAUUUCUGUUAGGAUGAAAUCAUUAGCCAGUCACUGGAACACAAUGCUAUCAUCGCAUAAAGUCCAACAAUAAAACUGACAUUUUCAAUAUGACAAUUUUAUGAUUCAGUGAAUUGCAUACUUGUGUUCACAAGUAACUUUUUUUCUUACUCUAUUAGUACCUUUUAUGGGAAACUUUUCUUAGGAUAUUUUUUAUUUCUGUGACUGUCUGUUAGUGAUAUAAUGACAGUUUAGUUACACAAUCAUAUACUGGAGAAGUCAUUUGAACAGAAGAUGAUUGACUACAGCUCCAACUGCUGUAGUUGAAUAGUUAAGCCUACUACACUACUGUAUUUUAUAAUGUUGGUCAUUAUGGUGGUACUUUGAGAACCACUGCCCUAGCAUUACGGUUUUCAAAACAAACACCACGAAACACUAUCCACAUGGCUAUAAAAGAAAUGAUCCAGUUGUUUUUAAGAACAGUUUUAAAGGUGCAGUGUGUAAUUUUUAGGAGGAUCUCUUGACAGAAAUGCAAAAUAAUAUACAAAACUAUAUUAUCAGGGGUGUAAAAAGACCUUACAUAAUGGACCCUUAUGUGUUUAUUAACUUAGAAUGAGACAUUUUUAUCUACAUACACCGAGGGUCCCCUUACAUGGAAGUCGCCAUUUUGUGCCGCCAAUUUUCUACAGAAGCCCUUAACGAACAAUUUUUUACUAAGUUGUCUCCGACGAUGACAUGUUUGUCCGGUGGUGGCUACCAUAGCAGUGGACUAAGCCGUUGGUUGCAAUUCACAACCUCACCACUAGAUGCCGCUAAAAUUUACACACUGCACCUUUAACAGUUAAAACUUUUUUCUU